CGAAAACGUUUAUCGUCCGGGAAAGCUACUCAAACUCACACCUUGACUCUCGAUACCGCGACCAUGUCUUCGAGCUACGGCUGCUCGAGUGUGCCGGAAACCUACGACGACCCACCCCUCUAUCUCCUCAUCAAUACGCUGCCUCGCAUGAAUGCCACACGAUUCAUGCGAACUCUCCGAGGCUAUCUGCAUGAAACAUUCGGGCAUCAAGUCGCUUGGGGCACGCAGAUCGAGCUUAUCUGGGUGUCCGAGUUGAGUCCGCACACACUGCCCACAAAUACAUCCGGUCUGAAUGUCGUGCGGGUGGCGAAUAGAGAUGCUGCAUCUCGAAUCCAGCAAGCUAUCGACUCGUCCCCUCGCAGUGACCUUGGACUGCGGUUCGUCAGAGCGUCAGAGCGGGCGCAAGGAUUGAUCAGCGGGUGACUGAGGUGCUCAGGGUAUUCCUUACGCUGCACAGCAACACUGGAACAUGUAGACAUCCCUACGUUCACGCAGCCAGCGUGUUUGUUCUUAGACCCAUGGAAUCGAAUGAGUGACCACCCGUCUUUGUCCAUUCAAGCGUACCUUGUCAACUGUCGUGGGUGUGAAUCUUCACAAGAGAAACCCG